UUCCAGAGACUGUCGCCAUGAAGGGGAGCAGCACCAUCCUGCUGGUGGUCCUCACCUUGUCCUUCAUCUGCGAGCUGACUACAGGGGAGGAUGACAGUGAGUUUUUCAUGGACUUCCUGCAAACACUGCUGGUGGGAACCCCAGAGGAACUCUACGAGGGGCCCCUGGGCAAGUACAACAUCAACGAGGAUGCCAAGGAAGCACUGGCAGAGCUCAAGUCCUGCAUCGACGGCCUGCAGCCCAUGCACAAGGCAGAAUUGGUCAAGCUGCUGGUGCAAGUGCUGGGCAGCCAGGAUGACGCCUAGGUGGACCUCAGACAGGGCUCCUGACAGCCACAGGACCAGCCACACAAGCAGUCACGAGCAUACUGCCUCAAUGCUGUUUUACUAAGAAUAAAUUUACCCUUGAACCACUAAAUCAAUAAAGCCUCCUGCAGCCCA